GAGUCAAUGUGUUGAGCCUAAAGCAACGGAAAAUGUUAUUAUGUUUAUGUGCAUUCAUUAUAUAUUAACUUAUACUUCUUUAAAGCGAGUAAUCAAUGUGACGCGUAGCUCAUCCGAAGGAUGAACUCGCCUUUUCGCAAAUUCAAAAACCAAUCAAAUUCCCAACAAAGUUUUAGCGACAAGAAAAGGGCGUUUCUGAAACGGAAACCUAUUUAUUUCUUUGUGGAGAUGCAUAGCAGUUUCAUCACAGCAGUUCGCGAACGACAGUACUUGUGUUUUAAAAGCAGUGGAGAUGUGUACAAUAUACACUGUAUCUAUAAAGUAACAAAACGUUUUUGUGUGAUACUAUUUUUUCCGAGAUUUUGUGUGGGGUUUUUUUGUCGGAAACAAAAUGUUUGUACUUCAAAGGAUCUUCUCAACGAGAUAUGUGUUGGUUUUUCUCGGAUCUUUACUUCUAUUUUACGUUGCUAUAUUUUUUUCUAUUAGAUCUGGAAAGGGACAAAUCAAUAAGUUAUAUAACCUAAGUAUGCAUGGUCUAUUCUGCCUAUCGGAUCCCAAACAAAUUCACCUUACAGACCACUAUUACAGCAAAGAAAAUACCCGGAUGCGGCUGGUGCUAGCCUAUAUGAGAGGGGGGUCCACUCUCACAGCGGAAAUUGUGCGGCACACAGAGGCUGAUUUCUAUCAGUUUGAGCCCCUCCAUGGCAUUACGAACGCUGUGCAGAAAAACAGACCCGUGCAAUUUCUCAAUGGAACGACUAGAAAUAUCACAAAAGAGGAGCUGGAAUCGGUUUAUACGGAAAUGAUUUACCACUGGUUCACAUGCAACUUCAAAAAUAUUGAUCUUCCUGGACUCACCGAUUCUUUUAUUAAGUUCUACACACCUGAACAUGAGAAAUAUUACUCGUGUAUCAAUCCAGUCAAGACCACAAAAAGCAAAGUAGACCUCGUAAAGCAAUGCAUUCCAAUAUUACACCUCAAAUGUCUCGAAUCGAAAACUCGGACGUUGAAAACAAUUCGAUUGUCGGUGUCUAUGGCGGGGAAACUUUUAAAUUGGCUACCGAGGCUUCAAGUUCUUCAUUUGAUACGAGAUCCUCGUGGGAUAAUAAAUUCGCGGCUCGAGCAGCAACAAACAGAGGGUAAAAAUGUAUCAAUUGCUUCAAAAGAGUUAUGUCAAACCAUGUCUUCGAAUCUAAAUUCAUUUAAAGAACUAGAACCAUGUCACGGAAUUAGAAUGAUAGGGGUGGUGUAUGAAAAUUUGUGCCAGAAUCCUUUUAUUGUUGUGCCAAAGAUAUUUAAAUUUUUUCAUAGUAAUUAUUCAACGCGUGUUAAAGACUUUGUGAAAAAGUUGAUGCGAGGACCCGUUAAGGCCUGUGGCUAUUGUACAAACAGGGGAAACGCCAUCGCCAAUGCUUAUCGUUGGAUAUCAAUUAUCAACAAAAAUGAUUUGAAAAUCAUCGAUAAACAUUGCUCUUUUCUUUACUCGAAUCUGGGAUAUAAACAAUUGGACUACAACAAACUGAAUGUAACGAAAACAUCAUGGAAAUCCCUAACAAGUUCUUCCAUAGGAUACCGGUAUUCGUGAUACAGUGUUCAAUAUUUUAUUCCACAUAUUGUAAAGUCAUAGUGUAUGCCACGUGUAAUGGCUCACAUGUUGCCUAGUAACUGCUUGUGCCUUGGUUUGUCAGUGAACCAAUAAUUUUGAAACCGGAUAAGAAGAAAAGAACCGUAAUCAGUUGCAAAGACAUGCUAUUUCAACGAUUACCGCUUCGUAUCAUAUGUGUUUGAUUUCAAUGCUGUUAAGAGAUUAUGUACUUCAAACCAUGGCAAGAAGACGCCUCUUGUUGAUUUUCAGUCUGACCUAAUGAUUUACUUCGUUGUUGCACUGAAAUACAUGUAGCAGGAACUUACAUUUAUUCGUCAAAGUGUUAUUGUUAUGGUCAACAGAACCCAGAGCCGACCGAAGCUAGACCGAAGCGGUCCAUAGCUCUGUAGCCAUCCCAGUAAUUCUUAAAUUUAUACAAUAGACACCAAUGAAAAUACUUCCUUAUUUUCACUAUGUUGAUCACUCUUUUUGAAAUAGUUCAUGUUCAGAACCUUGUUAGAUUUUCAUCUCGCUGCCUUUUUCUAUUAGUACAAAAAAAAAAUGUUUAACUCGUCGGAUACGUUAUAAAACACUUAAGUAUGAUAUGGUAGCGUUCUAGUUAUCAGUGCUUUCAAAAUCUUGGCGGAGUAUUGCUAUAUUGACUGUACUUCUGUCGGUGCCCAUGUUUUUCCUCUAGCCUCAGGUUAAUCAUAUUUUCUUUGACGUCACAUUUGUAGAUUGUCAUUUUAUUUAUAUAUGAUCUCAUUUUUGUGCAUAAGAUAGAUUUAUUCUUAAAGAAAUUCAAUGCCUUUUUGAUAAUGUUGGUAGUCUUAAUUAACAUUGUUACUGUGUUUUAUAUGCAGAUGUUUUCUUGUCAACAUCAUGUGCUGGUACAGGGAAUAAAAUACUACAAAUUUUUAAAUUUUAAAUUCAAUGAUGCAAGUGACGAAAAAACCGCCUUUAACAUAUUUUUGACACCUUUCCAAUAAAAUGCUUCAUGGCCUACAGUGUUCAUUAUAAUUAAUUUUAUAAUAUUUAUUGUUUGGUUAUUUAAUGAUAUGAAUCUGUUUAUUUAUACACAGUUGGUUAAAACAAGUUUAAAUUGUAUGAAAUAUUUUUUGAGGAAUUAAAUAUACAAUUUAGUUGAUGUCUUAUAGAGAGAGAGAGAGAGAGAGAGAGAGAGAGAGAGAGAGAGAGAGAGAGAGAGAGUGUGUGUGUGUGUGUGUGUGUGUGUGUGUGUGUGUGUGUGUGUGUGUGUGUUGAUACACUGUAAUCUGCCGUUUUAUGCAAAGUUGAAUAAAGUUUACG